GCGUGGCCUGUUUGCAAACUGAUUCUUCAGCACCUUUACUUUCCUUUAAUGCUUCACUCUUCCUUUCUCAACCUUUAUCUUUUCUAGCAGAACUAGUAGCGGUACUAUCUGCUAUAUACAGUAAUGGCGGAAAAUAA